AACGCUCCGCCCUAUUUAACACUUACCACCACCCCAAGUGUUUCCUCAUUCUUUUCGUAGCGCAGUAUUUCUCUAUAUCUACUAGAGAAGUGCUGCGUCUUUGAAAGAAUCGGGUGGUGUUUGUUCUAUCUUCUUCUUUAAUAAUCAAACAUCUCCCUUUUUCUUUCAUUUUAAUUUCCUUCGAUCUUACUAUCCCCACCAAAUAACCAAAAUGGCACGCCAAGUUAUUGUUCUUGCUCUCAUCUUUGUCGCCGUCGUUGGCUCUGUAUCCGCCGCUGAGGCACCCACCAAGGCAUCCGCCAAGGCCCCUGCUAAGGCCCCCGCCGCUAACGCCCCAUCAACAACCGCCGACUCACCUCAGGCUCAGGAUGCUGGUGCCACUCCACCCCAAGCCUCCGCCUCCUCACCCCAAGCCUCCUCCUCACCCCAAGGCUCCGCUUCCACACCUACAGCCUCCUCUACCGCUCCCGCUCCCUCCACAAGCGACGGUUCUGCUACACCCCCAUCUGCAUCUGCUUCCACCCCAGCUACAUCCCCUUCGUCAGACUCCUCCUCCUCCUCCUCUGCCCCUACUCCUGCUUCAGCUCCAGCGGCGGAUGAUACCUCAGCAUCAUCCCCACCAGCCCCCACCCCAGACACCUCUGCCACCGCUCCCACCGCCGAUGCUCCCGUAGCAGCUGAUGGCCCCGUCGCUUCUGCACCCGGACCUGCUGAUGCAUCCGAAAAGAAGAGCAGCGCAUCAACCUUGGGUUUCUCCGCCGUCACCAGUGUUGCCGUCGUUGCCGGUUACUUCUUAUUCUAAGCUGCCACUCCCAGUUAUCUGAUCCUCUGUGAGACGCUGUAGCUUUUUAACCUGUAACGGUGCUCCGGCCCGUUCGAUCUGUUGUAUUAGAAAAAUAGUUUAUUUAAAGACCGUGGCUAAUCCCGCACCGUCGCACCGGUUAUAGAGAAGAGAUGGAUAUCUCUUCGGUUCUUUUUAUUUUAUUUAAUUUUUCCCCAUUCUGAGUUUUCAUUCAUUUUUUUUUUUUCCGUUGGGAAAAAUAUUCUUUUGUGUCGCAUAAUUAUCCAUCUUAAUUAAUAUAUCAUCUUCACGUA